UGUUCUUUAUCUCAAACAUCCAGGCUACGCACAUGAAAUGAGCGUGUCUUUUAUUCGUUUCUAGACGUAACAUUUCUAUAUCGAUGACACCGACAUACACGCCUACCGAUGCUUAUCCUACAUCGACUUCUCAUAUUCAACGGGAAACUGAGGAGGUCCUGCUGAAGCAUCUGCCUUUUGAUAAUGCAAAGGCUUCUUCUUUGGAACUCCAGAAGACGAAGCAUAUGCAGUGGCUUGUGCGGAACCUUGCGCAGGGAUUCCCUGCGAGAUAUAUAUCGCAGGAUGCGAGUCAGCCGUGGUUGAUGUUUUGGACUUUACAAGCGUUUAGUGUUCUUGGAGUGGCGCUGGAUCCGGGGAAUAAGCAGAGAGCUAUUGAUACGAUCUUGACUUGGCAGCACCCUGAUGGUGGGUUUGGAGGUGGACCGGGACAGGCGGCGCAUCUCCUCCCGACGUAUGCUGCUGUGUGUGCACUGGCUAUUGCAGGACGGCCGGGUGAAAGGGGUGGAUGGGAUCAGAUUGAUAGAGUGAAGAUGGCGCAAUUCUUCAUGUCUUUGAAACAACCCGACGGAUCUUUCCUCGUUGCCCACCAUGCUGAAGUGGAUAUGCGGGGUAUCUAUUGUUUGUUAGUCGUCGCCACGCUUCUUGAUCUUAUGACGCCCGAGCUGGUGGAAGGGACUGCCGAGUUCGUCAGGUCGUGUCAGACCUAUGAAGGAGGGUUUGCGUCUGCGUCGCAGCCUUACUUUGGGGAGGACGGAUCGCUGCUGAAGAGUCCUAGGCCCCCGCUGGGCGAGGCGCAUGGGGGUUACACGUUCUGCGCGUUGGCGUCUUGGGUUCUCCUUCGGCCAAUGACGGAUGAAAAGUUGGAUGGAAUUAACGAGAAGAAUCUGUUGCGGUGGCUAGUCCAGAUGCAAGGAGUGGAGAUCGAGCUUGGAGGGUUUAGAGGCCGGACGAACAAGCUUGUGGAUGGAUGCUAUUCGUGGUGGGUUGGGGGUGCGUUCGCUCUUUUGGAGGUGAUUCAUGGGCAUCAUCACUCGUCUCCUCCUCCUCCUCAUGAAGAGGAGAGGCAUGAGGAUGGCGAUGAUGAGUGGAUCGACAUGGACGAAUCGUUGCUCAACCGGGAGGCGCUGCAAGAGUAUAUUCUCCUUGCCGGGCAGCAUCCUGUAGGCGGUCUCCGGGAUAAACCACCGAAGAGUGCAGAUGCGUACCACACGCUGUAUUGUCUGGCGGGCUUGUCUGCUGCGCAGCAUAGGGUUUUCCCCUCGGAGAAGAAAUUUGAAGAACUGCAGUCGGGAUGGAAAGGCUCGGAUGCGUCUACAAGGAAGAAGAAAGUGUUUUCCGAAGCACUCUGUUGGCAGGAAGACGAAGCGGGCUCGAAGUUUGUUGGAGGGAAGGCGAAUCGGGUGAAUGCAUCUCAUCCUUUGUUUAAUAUGACGGUUACGCAUAGUAGUGCGAUUAUGAGGUAUUUUUAUAGGCAGUAGUCAUCAGUGUUUUAUUUACAAGAAUUUUUGGAAUCUUAUGAGAGUAUAGCUAGGUC